GACGAGCGAUUCAAAUCCAAAUGAAAGGUACCUCAAUCCCGAACAUGUCACCCUCAAUAUGAUGGGUUCAGGGCUGUACCACUUCAAAGUUCGUGUUUUGGAUGGCUAUUCUUAUUGUAAACUAGAGACUCAGUUCAUGUUCUACGUCACAAAUACCCCAAUCGUGCACCACCUCGACAUGCUCAUCCUAUUCUCUGUAGCUGUGUUAUUCGGUGGGGGGCUCUUCAUCCUCUACCUGAAGUACUUGUCGCUACCAAACAGGACACACGAUCGCGUCGCAGAGAGGAAACGUUUCCAAAAUAUGCUCGCGAAAAAAGAAUCUGAAUAACUGGCACAUUUUGGGUACAUAAGUUCACGUUGACCGAUGCAACCUGUAUUAAGGAAGUUCUUGUUGAUACCUUAUCCUGUAAUGUUUUCUUUUUUAUCGCAAAAGUUGUUAUUUCCGGUGGUUUCUUUAUUUCGAAAUCUUUGAAACAAUAAUGGUCAAGAAAUA